AUGUUCAUGUUCUACGUUGCGGUCUCCUUCGCAGCUCUCUCAGCUGUGCCAUCCUCUGGCCAGCACUCGGCUCAAACAUAUCCCAGGAAAGAUGCUGAGACGGGGGUGCCAGUGACCUGUGAUCAGUGUCCCCCGGGGACGUGUGUUGGAUCCCACUGUUCAAAGCAUAAGCCCACCCUCUGUCUGCCCUGUGGCAAGUCUCGUUUCACGGAGUACUGGAACCACUUAGAGUGGUGCCUGGUGUGUGAUACCUGCACUGAGGGCCAGGAAGAGGUUCAUGGCUGUAACGCUACACACAACCGUGUGUGCCGCUGCAAGGAGGGGUACUUCUCCACCUUUGACUUCUGCCUGAGGCACGCCGUCUGCUCACCAGGGAAAGGAGUACAAACCGCAGGAACGCGGGAGCGGGACGUGGAGUGUGCGCAGUGUGUGGAGGGCUUCUUCUCCAACGUGUCCUCCAGCACUGCCGCCUGCCAGCCCCACUCAGGUUGUGCUGACAACCAGACGGUCAUCCCUGGCAACAGAGAUCACGACACCUUCUGCUCCUCCUGCAAGGCCAACAGCGUCCACCCACAAGACAUUAAAGUGUGUAACCAGGAGAUGGUGCGGUUGGUUCUGGACCGGCUGCACUCGGACAGGCAGACCCAGAGGCUGCUGCGGGUUCUGAGACGUGUAAACCGGGUGGGUUCCGCGGGCCUGGGGCUGCAGGAGCUGCUGGAUGUCCUGAUUGCAAAGAAGAGCCAGUCAGGCCCGGAGGUCCUGCUGGACGUACUGGACCGAGCCCGGCUGCUCCGUUUACAUCACGACAUCACCAAAUGGUUCACAGUGCAUUGCUCCAUAUAG